CUGCUGAUUCACGGGACUCUGGCUGCCGGCGCCUCGCGGAGCUGCUCGCGUCGGACCUGCCGCGCCUCCCCUCCCCCCCCCCCCCCGCCAGUCAUCAUGGCGGAACUGUGAUGUCCGAGGCGAGACACUCCGCGUCGGGACCAGUGUUAUUUAUUUAUUUAUUCGCCCACCGAAGCCGUACGCCCCGCGAUGACCCGCUGGAUCCCCACCAAGAGGGAGAAGUAUGGCGUGGCGAUCUACAACUAUGACACCGAGAAACCACACGAACUCGCUCUGCAGGUGGGGGACACGGUGCAUAUCCUGGAGACGUUUGAAGACUGGUAUAGAGGAUACACCCUCCGGAACAAAUCUCAGAAGGGCAUCUUUCCAGCCACCUACAUCCACCUGAAGGAAGCCAGAGUUGAAGGCAUCGGCCAGCAGGAAACCGUUAUUCCAGCAGAUCUGCCUCUAGUACAAGAGCUGGGGGCCACCCUUCGGGAAUGGGCACAGAUUUGGCACAAGCUCUACGUGACGAACCAGACCGCCCUGUUCCGCAAUGUGCAGCAGAUGGCCUACAGCCUCAUCGAGUACCGCUCACAGAUUGUGUCCGGAACGCUGCCCAAGGACGACCUGAUCGAGCUCAAGAAGAAGGUCACGGCCAAAAUCGAUUAUGGAAACCGGAUACUGGGCCUGGACCUGGUGGUCCGGGAUGAGGUGGGGAACACACUGGACCCGGACUGUACCAGCACGAUCAGCCUGUUCCGGGCACACGAGACGGCAUCCCGCAGCAUCGAUGAGAGGAUUCAGGAGGAAAAGACUCGGCUGCAGAACCUGGACACCCGUAGACAAUCCCUGUUCAGCACGGUCCACACCUACAGCCUUUUCAUGAACCUGAAGAACUUUGUGUGUAACAUUGGGGAGGAUGCCGAGCUGCUGAUGUCGCUCUAUGACCCCGACCAGUCGGAAUUCAUCAGUGAGAACUUGAUGGUGCGCUGGGACAGUACAGGCAUGCCCAAGGAGAUCGAGAAGCUCAACAACCUCCCCGCCCUAUUCACGGACCUGAGCAGCAGUGACCUCAUCCGCCAACGACUCUUCCUAGUCUGUCAGAUCGUGCGAGUCGGCUGGUUGGAGGCAAAGGAUGGCAAGAAACAAACAGCCGGCCUACGCAGGCCCUUUGGCGUGGCUGUGAUGGAUGUCACGGACAUCGCUCACGGCAAGCUGGACGACGAGGAGAAGCAGCACUUCAUCCCUUUCCAGCAGAUUGCCAUGGAGACCUACAUCCGUCAGAGGCAACUCAUCAUGUCGCCUCUGAUGCCAUCCCGGGCGAUCGGGGAGAACGAGCCCCUCACUGCCGUCUUCAACAAAGUCAUCUCCACCCGCGAGGUCAACCACAAGGGCCAAGGCCUGUUCGUGACCCUGAAGCUGCUCCCCGGUGACCUCAGCCAGGUUCAGAAAGACUACCCCCACUUUGUGGAUCGCAGCACCGUCAUCGUCCGCAAAAUGGGCUUCCCCGAAAUAAUCCUGCCAGGAAACGUACGGAAUGAUAUCUACGUGACGCUGCUGCAGGGGGAAUUUGACCGGGGCAAGAAGAAGGCUCCAAAAAAUGUGGAAGUGACGCUGAGUGUCCUAGAUGAGAACGGCAUGCCCAUGGAGAAAGCCUUGUUCCCUGGGGCAGGCUGCGAUGGGAUCACAGAGUACAAGUCUGUCAUUUACUAUCAGGUUAAGCAGCCUUGCUGGAAUGAGACGGUCAAGGUCGCCAUUCCCAUUGAGGAUGUGUGCCACUCUCACCUCCGGCUGAUGUUCCGCCACCGCUCAUCCCAGGACUCCCGGGACAAAUCGGAGAAGCCCUUUGGUAUGGCCUUCGUGCGGCUGAUGAAGGCAGAUGGGACCACACUGAGGGAUGGCAGGCACGAUCUCAUUGUUUACAAGGUGGAUGCAAAGAAAUCAGAGGAUGCCAAGACUUACCUAACCUUGCCUGGCACGUGCACGGAGGCGGAGGAGAGGGAGAGGCAGUCUGGCAAGGUUCCCCAUGUGGGCUCCGUACCUGCGACCAAGGACAGCUUCCAGAUCGCCACACUGACCUGUUCCACCAAGCUCACUCAGAAUGUGGAUUUGCUGGGGCUGCUGAACUGGAGGUCCAACCCCCAGGACCUGGAGCAGAUUCUGCAGCGCCUGAUGGAGGUGGAGGGUGGGGAGAUCGUUAAGUUUUUGCAGGACACGCUGGACGCCCUCUUCAGCAUCAUGAUGGAGAACUCGGAGCAGGACACCUACGACAUGCUGGUGUUCAAUGCCCUGGUGUUCAUCAUCUCGCUGAUUGGGGACAUCAAGUUUCAGCACUUCAACCCGGUCCUGGAGACCUACAUCACUAAGCACUUCAGUGCCACGCUGGCGUACACGAAGCUGACCAAGGUACUGAACUUCUAUGUGGGACAUGCUGAGGACGCUGGCCUCAGCGAAAAGCUUUACUCCGCACUCAAGGCCCUCAAGUACCUGUUUCGGUUUGUGGUGCAGUCGCGGGUGCUCUACCUCAGAUUUUACGGAAGCAGCGAGGACGGGGAUGAUUUUUUCGACUCUAUCCGGACCCUCUUCCUGUCCUUCAAUGCGCUUAUGGACAGGCCGCUGGACGAAGGCGUGAAGAUCAAGGGAGCAAUACUGAAAUAUCUCCCCACCAUCAUCAACGACAUCCAGAAUGUCUUUGACCCCGUGGAAUUCAGCGUCCUCCUGACCAAGUUCAUCGAGAGCAUCCCCGACGCCCAACUGGUGAGGCAGAAGCUGGGCUGCAUGUGCAAGAUGGUGGAGAGUGACCUCUUCAAGCAACCGGAAUGCCGUGACGUGCUGCUGCCAAUGCUGACAGACCAGUUGAGUGGCCAGCUGGAUGACCACUCCCACAAGCCGGACUAUGAGGCCUGCGCCCAGCUGCUAAGCACCAUGCUGGACUGCCUGGACCGUAAGGGCGUGGGUUCUACCAGCGCACACGUGCAGAUGAUCAUGGAGCGCCUGCUUCGCCGGGUCAACCGCACCGUCAUCAGCAUGAGCCGCACCUCUCCGCUCAUUGAUCACUAUCUGGCCUGCAUGACGGCGAUCCUGAAGCAGAUGGAUGACGCGCACUACGCCCACUACAUCAGCACCUUCAAGACCCGGCAGGACAUCAUCGACUUCCUCAUGGAGACUUUCAUCAUGUUCAAAGACCUGAUUGGCAACGUCUUCCCUUCCGACUGGAUGAUCAUGAACCUGUUGCAGAUCAAGGUUUUCUUGAGGGCCAUCAACCAGUAUUCAGAGGUCCUCAAUCAGUACUUCCUGGACCCAGCUCAUUUUGAGCUGCAGCUCUGGAACAACUACUUUCACCUGACUGUGGCUUUUCUGACCCACAAGUCUUUGCAGCUAGAAUCUUUUUCUCAAGAGAAACGCAAUAAGAUUCUGAACAAAUAUGGUGACAUGAGAAAGAACAUUGGAUUCAAGAUACGUGAGAUGUGGUACAACCUUGGCCCCCACAAGAUGAAGUUCAUCCCGGCCAUGGUGGGUCCAAUCCUGGAGGUCACGCUGGUGCUGGAGCCGGAGCUGCGUAAAGCCACCAUCCCCAUCUUCUUUGACAUGAUGCAGUGUGAAUACAACUUCAGCUCCACCCACACCUUUCAGACGUUUGAAAAUGAGCUGAUCAGUAAGCUGGACCAGGAGGUGGAGGGCGGCCGAGGGGACGAGCAGUACAAGAUACUCUUGGAGAAAACGUUGCUGGAGCACUGCCGACGACACCGGUACCUGUACCAGUCCGGCGAGAGCCUGGCGCUGUUGCUGAGCAGCCUGCUGGAUCACCUGCUGGCGUACCGCACCAUCACCCACGACGAGAGCCCCGAGCUUCGCAUGAGCUGCACCGUCAAUGUGCUGAAUUUCUACAAGGAGAAGAAGAGGGAGGACAUCUACAUCCGGUACCUGUACAAGCUGCGGGACCUGCACCUGCACUGUGAGAACUUCACUGAGGCGGCCUACACCCUGCUCCUCCACGCUGAGCUCCUGGAGUGGUCCGACAAGCCUUGUGCCCCCCACUUGGUCCCGCGCGAGGAUCUGCGUGGCUGUACCCAGCAGGAGCUGAAGGAGAGGCUCUUCCAGGAGAUCAUAUGCUACCUAGACAAGGGCAAGAUGUGGGAGAAGGCCAUUGAGAUGUGCAAGCAGCUGGCCAAGCUGCAUGAGAACCAGAUGUUUGACUUCGUGGAGCUCAGCCAGCUGUUGAAACAGCAGGCCCAGUUCUACGAGAACAUCAUGCACGCCAUGCGCCCCCAGCCCGAGUACUUCGCCGUGGGUUACUACGGCCUCGGUUUCCCUUCCUUCCUCAGGAACAAAAUGUUUAUUUAUCGUGGUAAGGAGUAUGAGUGGCUGGAGGAUUUCAGCUUGAAGCUCCUAUCCCAGUUCCCUAUGGCGGUACGGAUGACCAGCACGGCGCUCCCUGAUGACAGCAUCUGCAACUCGCCAGGGCAACACAUCCAGUGUUUCACGGUGAAGCCUGUUCUGAAGCUGCCUCAUCAGUUUAAAGACAAGGGAGUACCAGAGCAGGUCCUCAAUUACUACAGGACCAAUGAAGUGGACCGGUUCCAGUACUCCAGGCCCUUCCGGAAAGGGGCAAAAGACCCAGAUAACGAGUUUGCCACCAUGUGGAUCGAGAGGACCACCUACUUCACGUGCUACCGCUUCCCUGGAAUUCUGAAGUGGUUUGAAGUGAAGUCGAUCUCUGGGGAGGAGAUUAGCCCUCUGAGGAACGCCAUUGAGACGAUGGAGAUGGCCAACGAAAGGCUGGGCAACCUGGUGCAGCAGCAGGCGUGCGACCGCUCCCUGCCCGUGCACCCGCUCUCCAUGAUGCUCAACGGCAUAGUGGACCCAGCCGUCAUGGGAGGCUUCGCCAACUAUGAGAAGGCAUUCUUUAUAGACACCUAUAUCAAGGAACACCCUGAGGACCUGGAAAGCAUAGAGGUCCUCAAGCACCUAAUUGCCUUGCAGAUUCCCCUCCUGGCAGACGGAAUUCGGAUCCAUGGUGAGAAGUCAACGGAGCAGCUCAUGCCUUUGCACAAGCGCUUAGUGACCUGCUUCCAGGACCUGCGGGAGAAGGUGGAGAAACUCUAUGGAGUCAUCACCCUGCCCUGCUCGCUGACAGAGAGGAAGAAGAGCCGCGUGGGCUCUGUCGUCAUGCCCUACAUCAUGUCCUCCACCUUGCGGCGCAUGUCCACCGUCUCCACCCUGUCCACCGCCUCCUCGGGCCUCUCCAGCGGAUCGACGUCCUCCGAGGGAGGUCCCUCCCGACCCUGCUCCCAGGAUUCUCUGUUGUCCCGAGCCAGUGACCGGCGGGCUUCCGUUUUAUCUCAGUCCGAGGAGGACAACCGGAUCAGCCGCAAGAACCGGAAGGAAUGGAACGUGAGCAAGUCGCAAGUUCUGCCGGAGAGGAUGUCGGACCAGGAUGAGACCCCCCCGGAGAAGCAGCAGAGGCCCAAGAGCCUGCAGCUGGGGGACCGGCGCCUCACCCUGGCGCUCUUCCAGGGCGCCUCCUCGCAGCUGAGCCUGUCACACCCGCUGAGCCCCCUGCCGGCCUCGCCGCACACUCCCCGCAGCUCCAGUUAUACGUCUAUCCCGAGUGACAAUGACGCAACCCCUGACACCCCUGAGACACCCCCACCCAUGCCACCCAAGAAGCACGUCCAUGACAGCGAACUCCGCUACAGCUCUGUCGAGUUCACCCCCCCACUGCCAGUAAAAGGAAAUGACGUCAAGCCUCCUCCUCCGCCCCCAAAAACACGCAAGUCCAUGCUUCCUUCGUAGUACCAAGGACUGCGGGUGGAGGACCAGGCUGGGCCUGACUGGGCCAAUGCACUUCUGCUCCAAGAAGGGGCGCCAGAUCCAAGUGCCACAGUGAUAUCAGCAUUCCCGUCCAAGUGCUAUGGGAAGGGUACGUGCUCGGACUUUUAAGCGCGGAGGGGAGUGACACCCAGCUCUCUUCAGCUUUCUUUGGCAUUCUGUCUGAACAUGGACCACUGACUACUUGAUUCUAAUGUUUAAUUCGUUUUGGUUUGCAUUCCAGAGUAGUUUUUGUUUUGGACAAUAAGUCGUAGUGUGAGAAAUGGUUCAGAUGCACACUGUAAAUAAUGUGGCGAAACUGUGUGUUAGCUCUGCGUGUUUGACUACUGGGUAUGGGCACAACCAAAGCUUCUGCAGUGCCGGGUUUCACCCCAGGGCCACCCAUGCUAGGCAUUUGUACCACAACUGAUUGGGAGCAGCUGCCUUAAAAGAUCUGCCAUAUCCUUUUAAAAAAAGGAUCGACCGACCUAACCGAGAGUUAAAUUGUGUUUUUAUGCGUAACGAGCUCAUAAGGCUGUCUGACACCAUUAAAUCGACAGCUUAACCUGAAGCACAGUAACCUUUAACAUGACUAGUUAAGGUAGUGUGAGUUUACUGAAUGAGUGAGGUUCUUUGUGCAAUACAUUUGCAGAACUGCUUUGUUGACACUAAUUUUGUUUUGGGUGGUAGGCAAAUUCACUUCAUAAGAACAUAUUGACUAUCAAUGGCAGGAAAUAUUUUAAGAUUCAGAACCUGUGUUUCAUAAUUAUUAUUUUUUUGAAUCAACGUAUUUUGGGAAGAACAAAAUUUAUCUGCUACCGGUCUCUAGCUGUAUUUUGUGUAAAUGGACUGUUUCUGAAUCAUAGGUGUGUCCCAGCCAUGCAGGAUGCUGUCAUUAAUACAGAACUGUGGCUUCACUCUGCACAUUGUGGUGCCCCAGGUUGCUUGUGAAUGAGGCUGGGCUUGUUUGCUUAUUUGAUUGUAAAGUAUUUUGACUGACUUGCCAGUGAUACUCUGAUGCUUCAAAAUUUACAGCUGUUUUUUUUCCCCUCCUUCCACACACUGUCAAAUUGCUCCAGAACCACAGCCACUUUCGAGUUUGCUGCGAACAAAUCAGUUUAACAUGGACUAAUCCUGUUUUAAUUGCUGUUUCAUUUUAAAUAAAGUCUCAAGUAAUACAGGAAAUA